UACCACUGGCACUGAUACAUGCACCAGUCCCAGAGCGCAGGUAAGUGACAUGGUGCUCUCAAGUUCAAGUGGGUCCACUUGAGUGGCACUUGGAACGAUUUCUAUUUUUUUCUUUCCCAGUCGCCAGAGAAAAAUGUUACUGACGACUGUGAGAGAAAAACUGGCCCUGUACCUGGCCGGCGGAUAGUGGAGUUGGAGCUGAUCAUGGAUCGUCUGCGUGCUGGGUGUAGUUCCUGCACGUCCAGACUUGAUCUCUGCGAGUGUGCGAGAGAACAGCGACAGGGACUUGCCAGUAUUCUGUUCGUGAAGUGCUCUACGUGUGGGCAGGAGAAUUUGGUCCAGACAUCGAAGUCUCAUGCUGGAUUGAGUGGAAAGCGUCGAUCCUAUGCUGUGAACUCUAAGGCUGCUCUGGGUGAGUUCGGACAUGUGCUUGUUUUUUUGCUCAUGAGAAGGCUAGGGGUUCAAAGUAGGAUGACUGUACUCAUAUCAAUGAACCAUGUCAGGGAUCUGUGUAUGAAAAUAAAAUUUACAUAAUUAUUGGCAAUAUGCCCUGCAGUAGAACUUGAACAGAGACAGUCAAGGACACAGUUAUGCAUUGUCACAUUUGCAUGAGCACGCUUGAGGCUUGAUCUUCACAGUAAAUGCAGCCAAUACAAUUGUGUUAUUGUGAUGAACUGCAAUGAUCGCCCAGGCGAGGCAAUGCAACAAAUGUCUACUGAAAAUAUGAAUCACAGAGGUAUGCACGACAAUAGCGCCAGGCAGGGUUCUGUUACCUUACUACUCACAUUCGGAAAUAUCUAGUGAUUGAUCUCACUAUGUGAAUAUAUGUUGUCUCGCUUUGUUGUCAAUGGUUGCAGCAAUGGAUCAUGCUGGCAUCGGUGUGACUCACGUAAAUAAUUUCUUGACCACGUUGAACAUACCUCCGGUCAAUGAGAAAGUGCUGCGACGGCAGGAGCGUGCCAUUGGCACUGUUGUUGAACGCGUGGCAAAAGAGAGCUGUGAUGAGGCUUGUGCUGAGGAAGUCAAGCGUACGUCUAGCGGUGGUAUUGGCUUCGGUUUCGAUUGCGGCUGGCAAAAACGAGGCCGUGCUAUGAACAGCUUGACUGGAGUUGGCCAUGCCAUUGGAGUGGAGACUGGCAGAGUUAUUGCCUAUUCCAUGCUGUCAAAGCGCUGUGCAACUUGCGAUGCUGCCGAUCGUCUCAAACGCCCAGCAGCAAAGCAUGACUGCCGCAAGAAUCAUGUCAACAAGUCUUCCAAAGCCAUGGAACCAGAAUCCAUUGGGAACAUUGGCAAGCAACUGAAAUCUGCUGGGGUGACAGUUUCUGUCAUGGUGGGUGACGAUGACUCCUCAGCCUUGAAGCGCCUGCAGGAAGAGAUUGGGCCGGUUGAAAAGAGCUCCGAUCUCAACCACGUCAAGAAAAACCUCGGAAACAGGUUGUAUGAUCUCAAGAAGAACGGCCACAAGGAACUGUCCGAGAAAGUCAUUCGGUAUGUGCAAAAGUGUUUCGCGUACGCUAUAGCACAAAACCGAAAUGAUCCAGCCGCGUUGAAGGCCGUUCUCCUUGCGUGCGUGCCACACAUGUAUGGGGAUCAUUCUGACUGCGGCUCAUGGUGUGGAUAUGAUGGCAACGAGGAGACGUACCGCCAUCGCAGCCUUCCCCGUGGGAAGAACCUGUCCUCGCCAACCACGAGAGCAGCAUUACAGAAGUUGUUCAGCCUCUAUGCGGAGUGUUCGACCAAGCUGGCAUCGCACGGCAGUACACAGGCAAACGAAAGCCUAAACAACAUCAUCGCCAGCAAGCAGCCGAAAUCAAGGAGCUAUGGCAGCUCUCCAUCCUUCAAUAUUCGUGUCGGCGCUGCAAUUGCCCAGAAAAACCUGGGAUACACGUAUGUGUCAAAGGUCAUGGAGCAGGCCGGCAUGUCCCCGAGCUCACAUGCGCAGGCGCACGGGGCCAAGCUCGAUACCCGGCGAGCAAAGGCUACACUUCGCAAGUCGGGUAAGACCGUAAAGAGGCGAAGACUGGAGCUGAAGGAGCUGCGCAGUCAGAAGGGUGCCUCACAGGAAUUGAGGGAAGGUACGUCGUACCAAUCCGAGUCCUCCCUUCUUGCAGAGCCAGACGUGGAUGAAAUCGCUGGUCCAGUCACUCCUGCCAAGCUGUCACCAGAAGAGAAGUACACUUUUGUGUACUUUGACCUGGAAACAACGGGCUUCGGAGACGAUGCAGAAAUCAUCCAGCUUGCAGCUUCCGUUCCAACUGUUUGCAAGUUCUCCGAGUAUGUAUUGCCAGAAGGGUCGAUGUCCUCUGGAGCAUCAGAUGUCACAGGUGUGUCCGUCUCUACUGUGGGUGGCAAGCGUGUGUUGGUGAAGGCUGGCGAAGUUCUGCCAACUCUUUCGCUACCUGAUGCCAUUGAGCGUUUCAUCCCGUGGCUACAGUCCAUUGGUGGUUCGAAACCGCCCGUACUUAUCGCACACAACUGUAUGUCGUUUGAUAUGCGUGUGUUGCUGGGUGAGGUGAAGCGUGCUGGGCAGUCGUACGUACAGCAGCUUGUUGCAGCAAUUGCUGGCUUUGCUGAUUCUCUGCUAGCCUUGAAGCAGGUCCUCCCUGGAAGGAAGUCGUACAAGCAAGAGGAUCUGGUAAAGGACAUCCUGAAGGAGGACUAUGCUGCCCACAGUGCGGAUGCAGAUGUCGACGUUCUCGGGAAAUUGGUGCGAAAGACAAUCCCGGAUAGCGUUAUUCUUGAGCACAGCAUACAAGUCGGGUCGGCAUUGUCUGUGCUUGCUGUCCGCGAAGCCAGUAAAGGUGUAUAUGCUGAGCUCCGCUCACGGUUUCCCAAACCUGCACUUUCAGAUCACAUGGCAAAGAAAAUAGCCAAUUCCGGUAUCAGGUACAGUCAUCUGGUGCUGGCAUUCGACAGGAAUCGUGGAACUGGCAUCCAGACUUUACUGCAGGAAAGGGAUGGCAAUGGGCGUGUGCGAGUCACAAAGAGUUCUGCUAUCGCGAAACGAAUAGCAGACCAUCUAGGGUCUGAAAGACCCAUCACCAGCAACACUGCCUCACAGGCCACUCCAGACCAUGCCAGUGGUUCAGCAGCAGCUGCAGGAGCUGCUGCCUUGCCCCCAGUGCCAGCAACUACCAGUCGUGCCAUGCCACAGCUAUCUGCCCAGACACUGGCGUUGUACCGGCGGAGGCGCGAUAAUGGGUACGAUCUGCCCGACCCACAGUACCAGCAGUGGCUGCAAGCGGUCUCAUCCAGCAAUGACCAAGCAACGCAAGCUGCGCAUUGACUGCAUCAUAGACCAUUGUGUUGUACAUUCAAUCGGCUAUACACAUAUGUACAUAUUCACAAUAUACGAGCAAAUAUGUGAAUAACACAAUUCAGUGGUGACUGUGGCGUGUGGUAUUGUCUGGGAUUGGUCUAUAGCAAAUGCUUCUCGCCCUACAUAGUCAAAGUGAAGCUUGAAUGAAGUCGAUAAACUCAUUUUGGCAACAAUGCUGAAUCUGACUUUCAAGUUGAAUAUGCACAAUCCGUCACAAAUUUUGUUUCUCAUUGACAAACGAGAUGGUAGACAUAAAAAUCUAUUUUUGUAGAGCCUUCCUAUGGCCUUGAAGAGCAGAUAAUGACCAUAAAAUGGACAAUGUUAUUGUCUCGAUUCUCCAGUACUCAAACAAGUCUAAAGUCCGGUCUGCUGAAAUACGCGUUUUUCCAAAUCACAUUCUGGGCUACCUUGGCCUCUCACAGUGGUCUGGUCAUAUGUUGUGGACAUUUUCCAAAGGAGACAGUAUUGUAGGCCCAUCCAUACCCACUUUCAGGAUUUUUGAAGCAUUACCAGCUGGAAUUUUACGCCUUUAGUGAAAAAUCAUUGAAUUUUUGCCAAAAAACAUAGGUACAAUAACACCCCCAUAGCUGGGGAACCACAUAAUAGACCUAUCCUUGAAAUAGCCUAGACCAGUUCUCUAGGUGUCUGGCCAUCUGAAAACACACAGUUCAGAUCGAUUUACCAUAAUUUUUUUUGCUCCCUCUUCGGGGUUGAGCCC